GAGUUUGUCACCUUCCUUCGCCGCCCCAAACUCUUUCUCUCCAUUUCAUCUUCAAUCCAUCAACAACUUUUCUUCCAUCACAAAUACGCCACACGCAAUUGACAUAACCACACCUUUUCAACUCCGUGGUUUCGCAUCAAAAGAAUAUCACGAUCGGAAGAAGAUAAUACUGUUGGGAAAGAAGCUGUGGAAGGAAAUAUUCAUUUGGAGGAAAAGAAUCAUACAAAGAGAGAAAAGAGUGGAUCUUCUUGGUGGUACAAUUGUUUGGUCUUGUGGAGGAAAGCGGCAGUCUUCAAAGAAAGAGACAAAGAAGAAGAACAUCACAAUAGCAGUAUUACUGCAAUCUUGUACUAUCAUUUCCUUUUGAGAGAGCCUUUUUCUGUGUCACCAGAGUUAUCUCCAGUGAUCGCAAUCAGAUUUGAUUUCACCUCGUUUCCCUGAACGAAGAAAAAAAAAGAGAAGAAUCUUGAUAUUGCAUCGGUCGCAUUCACGAAACAUCCCUUCUACCCUUACCCGUUCCAUCAUAUUUACUAAUCCUCAAGCAUUUGCUUGAUAUAUUGAGUGCAUCAGAAGAGUAGUUUGUUUUUCUGUACACACCGACGCAAUCGGAAAUUGUCAACUCAAGGAUCAACAACUUCCUUAGCAACUUCAACUUUGAUCAACUUGACCAACAGCAAUCAUGUCGUCCUCAGUGUUCUUCAAAUUCAGAUCCCAAAAGGAGCCCUCUAGAGUUGAAUUUGAUGGUACUGGUAUCUCUGUAUUUGAGCUCAAGCGUGAUAUUAUCAUCAAGAGUGGAUUAGGUGACGGAACCGAUUUUGAUCUCGUCAUUUACAAUGAAGCAGACAACGAAGGUAAGAAUUUUGUGUAUCCCAGCUAGAUAAUGAUUCUGACCAAUGUAGAAUAUGACGACGAUACUACCGUUAUUCCCCGAUCAACUUCGAUUAUCGCUCGUCGAUUACCUUCACUCAAGCCGGGAGCAGGAAGAGCCGCAAGAUACAUGUCAGGGCAGAUGCCGAUAAAGCAGAAGACUUCUUCGCGAAAAGAACAAGGGAAGCAGGCAAAUGCGAAGGCUGUUGCAUCUACACAAGGGCUGGCACAAAUGGAUAGUGCGAUGACCGAGGAGCAGAAGAUGGAAGCUAUGUUUCAGGCUCAAAGUGAUCAAUGGACAGCACAGCAGGAAGAUAUGGCAAAGUAAGUUAUUCGUGUCUUUAACCUAGCUACAUUUUCUAACAAGUUCAUAGUCAAACACCAGUCUUCCGACCAGGCGGUAAGAAAGGUCAACCUCCACCAAACGUCCCGGAUCAUGAACCACCAACUGGUUACAUUUGUUAUCGAUGUGGAGAGAAAGGACACUGGAUUCAGGUUUGCCCUACGAACGAUGAUCCAAAUUUCGAUAAUAAGGCACGAAUUAAGCGUACAACUGGUAUUCCAAGGUCUUUCCUGAAAACCGUAGAGAAGCCGGUGCAGUUGAGCAAUGAUGGUACAUUGGAUGAUACAAAGACACCAUCUGGUGUGAUGGUAAAUGCUGAGGGAGAAUUUGUCGUUGCUGAGCCUGAUAAAGCGUCUUGGGAACAAUUUCAAGCUAAAACCAAGUCGUCUGCUGCUGCCCAGAAAGCUGCUGCUUUAGGAGAUAAAGUGUUGAGAGAUAGAGGAUUGGAAUGCGCGCUCGACAUGAGAAUAUUCAUAGAUCCAAUGAAGACGCCCUGUUGUGAGAAGACGUACUGCAAUGACUGCAUUACUAAUGCUCUUAUCGAAAGCGAUUUCACAUGCCCUGGAUGUCAGACUGAUGGAGUAUUGAUUGAUGAUCUGAAGCCUGAUGAUGAGAUGACCGCCAAGAUCAAGACUUACUUGGAAGAGAAAGAUGCAGCCGCAAAGAAAGAAAAAGAAGAACAGAGAGCUAAAAGUCCUAGUGUAAAGUCCGAUACUGUCACUACACCACCAAUCAAAGCAUCAAAACCCAUAGGAAAGGCUAAAUCGCCAACGCCGAAACCAUCACCUAAAUCAAAAUCACCUGAAGUGUCAAAGGUCUUGAAACGUAGUCCCACACAAGGAAAAUCAGCUACACCCGUCGUUGGUGUUCCAGGUGCACCUUCAGGCCCUCAAGGUAAAAAGCGACCUUCGGAUGAAUUACUAGAGAACCCUAAGAUUCCCAAAGGACCAAAAGCUAUGCGACAAAAAGAAGCUGCCCUGAUUCCUCAACAACAAAACAUGAUGAAUGGUAUGAACGGCUUUCCAAACAUGAACAACAUGCAACCGCAAUUCUACGGUAAUGCAAACGGCUUCAACACCGGCAUGCCCAACAUGAACAUGAUGAACAACUUUGGCAUGGGCGGCAUGAAUCCAAUGAUGGGCAUGAACCCCAUGAUGGGUAUGAACUUCCCUAGUAUGAAUAACAUGCCCAUGUUCAACAACGGAAACGCAUUUGGUAAUAUGAAUCCAAUGAUGAGUGGAAAUAUGCCUCCAAUGAAUGGAAUGGGUAGAGGAAUGAAUAUGUCAAAUGGUGCGGCAGGCGGAUUUCCUAAUCAGCAAAAGACAAUUUUUGCGGAACCGCUACCGAAUGAAGAGGACAAUGCGUAUUUCAGAAAACCGGUUAAUCCACAUAGACAUGUGGGAAGACAAAGAAGGGCAAGACCAAGUGAUUAUCGGGAACUUUAAGGGUUACGGUACUAGGCGUCAUUUUUCUCCUAUCGACUUUUAGGCUUCUUGGCUCCUCGCUUCGGAUCGAGAUCCCAAUUAUACAGCAUCCAUUAAUCGCCACCUUCAUCUUCUCACGGAACCGGAUCAUUUCAAAGCUGGCAUUUUACUUUUCGCCUUCCACUGGCAAAACUCGACUCAAAAGAACCUGCAUCGUCGCAAGAUUUUGCUCAGCGGGCAGUAUUCUUUUGCUUUCUCUUCUCUUAUUCCUUUCUCGUUUAAAUUAUACGCACGCGACGAAACUCACUAGAAGCGGAUGGGCAUGGUACGGGCAUGGCAUCAUAGGUGCACGGGAGGCAUACUAUUUUGUUACUUGCCUGCGUAAAAUUUUAAGGAACACAGCAUUUUACGGAGUUUAGGUGAAUUUGAUCUUAACAUACAUUGGGAUUCGGGUCGCCAUGUUGUUUUAUUGCUUGGGUUCGCCAAAGGUUGGCUUUUUUUGUUGCAUUUACAUUUGCGUUUGAGCAUGGAUGUAUGCAUGCACUAUACGAUGGAUGAAUAUGAGAAUGGGGUGGUAUUCUUGUGUGUUUGUUUGUUGGCUUGCUUGCUUGCUUGCUUGCGCGGAUAAGGUGGGUGGAUUUUUGAGAUGUUUUCACUUUUUUGUAGGGGGAGAGGGCGGGAGAAAGGUAACGAGCAAAUGGAGAAGUACAUAACAUGAACUCGGGUACAUAUUACAGAUGAGAAACCUUUUAGCGAGUUAAAGCAACUGAAUGAAUGGAGAUGUUA